CAGUAUGGGAAUGGUUUGGUCCCCGUCCAGUUUCUUUGGGGUCGUUAGUUCACGUUGGGUGAGCUGCGUAGGCUCAUGUUACUAAUGGAAAUGUAUAGCGAGUUGUGACCUGCACGAACUAAAUGUGCCACUAGACGAACGGCAUUGUGGAGAGUCAGCAUAAGAUAUGCAGCAACCCGUGUGUGACACAGAAAACGUUUGGUCGAAUGCAUAAUGGAUGACUGAGGUACAGAGGACGUUUUAUCACCAAAAAUUGCCGGCUUUGUGGACCGGGCGCAGCAAGGUAGCUAGCGCAAAAUUGGUUUUAGCUAGUUAGCUAGCUGUAGUUGUGCUUGCUAGGAGUUUACGCCCGGUUGCCGAACAGUGGUUUACACGCAAGGUGUUGGUAGAGGCACAGACAGGUGUGUGGUCAGGGGCCCAUGAGAAGGCCACGCAGGAGGGGAAACCCAGCCGGGGGUUUGGGAGGCAGGCAGCGGGCAGAUGCAGCUGUCCGGGGGGCAGGACCGGGGGGCCGAGGGGCCAGUCAGCAACGUCCGUCAUCCCCCUACAGCAACAUUAAGGUGUCUCCAGCUCGGGAGACGCUGACCUAUGCCCAAUCGCAGAAGAUGGUGGAGGUGGACCUAGAUGGACGCCUUCACCGCAUUAACAUCUGUGACCCACUGCCGGUCAUCACCGAGGACGAGAUGACAGCCCAGGAUAUCGCAGAGUGCAACAGCAACAAGGAGAACAGUGAGCAGCCUGCUCCGGUCGCCGUGGCGACUCCCGGACGCAAACCAACAGGAAACAAAGGCCGCAGGAAAGACAGUAAGCACUCACUCUCAUCCUCCGCUGCGUCCCAGAACAACAGCACUCAUGCUCAGUCACACACGCAGCCCCACGGCCCCAGCCAGCUCCCUGAACCCACUUUCCGUGAAAUGGACACCUUCUCCCCUGUCGAGGCCACCCCGCUACCCACCGCCUACUACCGCUACAUCGAGAAGUCGGUGGAGGAGCUGGAAGCCGACGCAGAGUACGACAUGGAUGAUGAGGACAUGGCAUGGUUGGAGAUGGUGAACGACAAACGCUCCUCGGACAACCAGACGGCGGUGUCGCCGGACAUCUUCGAGCUGCUGAUGGACCGGCUGGAGAAGGAGUCCUUCCUGGAGUCACGAAGCCAGGCAUCGGCACAGAGCACCAUUGACGAGGACGCCUUCUGCUGCGUGUGCCUGGACGACGAGUGCCUCAACAGCAACGUGAUCCUCUUCUGCGACAUCUGCAACCUGGCCGUGCACCAGGAGUGCUACGGCGUGCCCUACAUCCCCGAGGGCCAGUGGCUGUGCCGCUGCUGCCUGCAGUCUCCUGCGCGUCCCAUCGACUGUGUGCUCUGCCCCAACCGCGGCGGCGCCUUCAAGCAGACCAGCGACGGGCGCUGGGCACACGUGGUCUGCGCUAUCUGGAUCCCCGAGGUGUGCUUCGCCAACACGGUCUUCCUGGAGCCCGUGGAGGGCGUGGACAACAUCCCGCCGGCGCGCUGGAAGCUCACCUGCUACCUGUGCAAGCAGAAAGGGCGCGGUGCCUCCAUCCAGUGCCACAAGGCCAACUGCUAUACAGCGUUCCACGUGACGUGUGCGCAGCGCGCCGGGCUCUUCAUGAAGAUCGACCCGGUGCGCGAGACCACUGUCAACGGCACCACCUUCUCCGUCAAAAAGACUGCGUUCUGCGACGCGCACUCACCGCCAGCGCACGACAGACAGGCGUCAGACGACGAGGAGUCAGGGAGGGUGCUGGGGAACCGGGCGAAGCGUGGGUGCAGCGCCUACACGCAGGCCCCGCACCUGAAGAAGCAGAAGAAGGGCGGGAAGAAGGAGUCCAAACAGCAGCAGGAGAAGAAGAAAGGGAAGAAGAACCAGGAGGUGGCUGCCAAGAAAGUGGUCACGCCUCUGGUCACUGUGUCCCAGAUUCCCAGCCACAGGUUGAACAAAGUAUGUAAAGGAAUCAUCAUCCAGAGAAAGAACCAGUUCCUACAGAGACUUCACAACUAUUGGUUACUGAAACGUCAGUCACGCAAUGGGGUGCCUUUGAUUCGUCGACUGCAUUCUAAUCUUCAGUCUCAGAGAAAUGCAGAACAGAAGGAGCCAGAUGAGAAGGUGAGCGCUGUACGGGAGGAGAGGAAAUACUGGCAGAAACUGAGGCACGACCUGGAGAGAGCCAGACUGUUGGUGGAGCUCAUCCGCAAGAGGGAGAAGCUAAAGAGGGAACAGGUGAAGGUGCACCAGGCUGCCAUGGAGAUGCAGCUGACCCCGUCUCUGGUGCUGCUGCGCUCGGCGCUGGAGCAGCUGGAGGAGAAGGACACGGGACACAUCUUUGCCGAGCCCGUCAGCCUCAAGGAGGUCCCUGACUACCUGGAGUUUAUCUCUCAUCCAAUGGACUUCUCCACCAUGCACUCCAAGUUGGAGGCCCACAAAUACCACACCAUUGCUGACAUGGAGGUGGACUUCAACCUGAUGAUCUCCAACUGCCUCACAUACAACAACAAGGACACCUUCUUCCACCGGGCCGCAGUGCGUCUGCGAGACCUAGGGGGCGCCAUUCUGCGGCAGGCUCAGAGACAGGCACAGAACGCGGGCUUGGACCCUGCCACGGGCAUGCACCUGCAGGAGUCUCCGCAGAAGACAGACUACUACCGCUGCACCUGGGAGGACGUGGACUCUCUGCUGGAGCCGGAGAACCGUGUGCACAUGUCGGCCGAGGAGCAGCUGCGCGAGCUCCUGGACAAGCUGGACAUGGUGACGUCCAUGCGCACGAGUGGAGCGCGUACACGCCGCGUCCGCCUGCUGCGCCGCGAGAUCCACAACGUGCGCUUUCGCCAGGGCCAGCCCUCCACACGCCACACGCUUAACGGGGAAAUCAAAGAGGAGGACGAGGACGACGAUGACAAUGAGCUGGACGAGGAGGAGGAGGGGGAGAAAGAGGGAGACCACACACUGUCUGGAUCAGAUAAAGAGGAUUCCAAGUGCACUCCCCCUCCAACCCUGGAGCCCUCAGGAUUGGCCCACCCCCCUCCACGGGAUGACGCCCCGCAGGACCCGCCCACCCUGCGGCCGAUGACGACAGAGCCCAGGACCCUUAGCCGUCCGAACAAACGCCUGAAGCUGAACAGCGAGAGCUCAGACACGCCAGUGACACCCCCGGCGAUCACUAAGAACUGCACCAAAGAGGAGGAGUCUCUCAAGACGCCACCCCAGACACCGGACAAAGGUCCUGGGUUGGUCAACGGGGUCUCUUCCCCCGAAACAACCACGCCCCCCCGGGUCACGGUUGGGGUGGGCCGCCGGACUUCUGUCCUUUUCAAAAAGGCCAAAAACGGAGCCAAGCUGCAGAAGGAGAAAGAGAAAGACAAUCAGCUGCAAAACGGAGGUACAGACUCAAUCAGCCCCUCAAACUGCCUUCAGACCCCCCCACCUCUGACUUCAGUGCCCACGACCCCAACCAAACCCCCUCCUGCCCCCACCCCUCCCUCACCCCCGCCUCCCAAGCGGCGGCCUCGGAGUCGAGGCAGCAGCCCAGAACGCCACCGAGACGCAUCACCUCAACGCACGCCAGAGGCAGGUCUCACAAAUGGUUUCAAAAAGCACAAAGAUGGCGGCUCAGACUCUGAAUCCAGCUCGUCUCCAACGAUACCCAGGGAAAUUGCAUCACCACCUAAGAAGAGCCGAGGGAAGCCGGCCCUGUCCAAAGUGCCCUUCCUGGACACAGUGAACGGAGACGCGGACUACACUGGAGCAGGUGGUGAUGUGCUUUCCUGUGAAAACAGUGGCGAGUUAGAGCCUCUAGAUCUGGUGUGGGCGAAGUGUCGAGGCUAUCCCUCUUAUCCUGCACUGAUCAUUGACCCAGACAUGCCCCAGGAGGGCCUGCUGCAUAACGGGGUGCCCAUCCCCGUGCCCCCGCUGGACGUGCUCCGCCUGGGAGAGGCCAGGCAGGAGGAGGCCGGGGAGCGGCUCUACUUGGUGCUCUUCUUUGACAAUAAGAGGACCUGGCAAUGGCUGCCACGAGACAAGUUGAUCCCCCUGGGCAUGGAUGACACUGGCGACAAGCUGCGCAUGAUGGAGGGCCGCAAGACCAGCAUCCGAAAGUCCGUUCAGGUGGCCUACAACCGCGCCAUGAUGCACCAGAGUCGCGUGCGCGGCGACCACGGCUUUGUCGCCUCCAAUUACCUCUAGACCCCCGAGAGGAGUGCUGAGAGAAGCUGCAGAGAACCCUUAGCCAUAAUUGCUGCCAUCAAUUCCGGCCCAUAGUGUUGGAAACAACAAGAAAACAAACAAAUCAAACAUCGCCAACAUGCCUUUAAUGCUUCCCUGUUCUGUUUUGUGUCUGCAGUGAAAGAGACUGGUUGUGAAGGAUUGUCCGCUUUACUGGGUAUGAUGGUCGGACAGUACUGUGGGGAAGGGGAAUGUUUUUAUGGAUGAUGGGGUUUUUUGUUUUAUUUGACGUUUUCUUCUGCAUUCAUUCAUGUGUUUGGGGAUGGUGUUGAUCACGUCUGAAGAUUGGGCGGGAGCUGUUAUUUUAUUUGCCAGAGAGGCCCCCUUGUUUUUAAGAGUAUGGACAGUAAGUCACGCGAGCAUUGAAAGGAUCACUGCCAUUUUCUUAUUGUAGCUUUUUACUUUUUGACGUUUUACAAAAACCACUUUGUAUAUUGUAAAGACACUCAUGUAUAUACGUCUGUUUAUACCAUAUGAGAUCUAAUUUAAUUUUGCGCUCAUUUUGCAAAUCAAUUCAAUUACCUGAAGGUAUGAAGAAACGUGUACAUAUGUGUAAAAAAAUCAAUUUAACUGACUUGCUACAAAGUGUAUUUUAGCUUGUGUAUGUCAGUUUGUGUGUGCAUAUGCACAUCUAGACAUAUACACUUGGUAUGUGUACCUGCACCAGCGCACACACACAGUCUAUGGUAAAAUAUAUAUUCUCAUUUUUUUUGAUACACAGAAAUGUAAUUUAUUUAUGGACCGUUUUAAAAGAAAAAGAAUAGAGAAAUAAAAUUAUAUAUUGGUUAAAGAUUUGAGAUGAAAUUGUUAUUUAAGAUAAACUAUUGAAUAGGGUUAUAAAGACAAACAACCAAGGUGAGAUUGUGACUGUGAGGUAGUGAUGUUAAGAUUUGUGAAAGAGUAAUACGGUAGGGUCUCCCAAUGUGUUUUUGGUUUUUUCUUUUCCACAUCCUGUUCAAAGUCCCCUCUCCACCCAGAAGCACACAAACCUGUAUUUAUUGUAGAAAGUUCCCUGAGUUCUAGAUCCUGUUUAUACUAUGGAGCCCCAGAGCCAUUUUAAGCUUGUACAAACUGCAGAUUUUACCUACUUGCCAAAUAACCGGUCAAACAGUAUUUUCUCAUGUUGAGGGAAAUAAAUGUUAUAUUGAAAACUU